AUGGCGACACGGAGCAGCAGGAGGGAGUCGCGACUCCCCUUCCUCCUCGCCCUGGUCGCGCUGCUGCCGCCCGGGGCCGUGUGCGCGGCGGGGGCGCAGACGCUGCUCGGCGGCCGCGCGCCCCUGCCCCAGGAGCGGGGCGUCCGCGUGCUGCGGGGCGAGGCGCGCGGGGGGCCGCGGGGGGCGGCCGAGGCGCCGCCGCGGAGGAGACGGAGCGCCGCCCUGCAGCCCGAGCCCCUCCAGGUGUACGGACAGGUGAGUCUGAAUGACUCCCACAAUCAGAUGGUGGUACACUGGGCCGGAGAGAAAAGCAACGUGAUCGUGGCCUUGGCGCGGGACAGCCUGGCACUGGCAAGACCCAGGAGCAGCGAUGUGUACGUGUCUUACGACUACGGAAAAUCAUUCAAGAGAAUUUCCGAGAAGUUGAACUUCGGCGAGGGAAACAGCAGCGAAGCGGUGAUCGCCCAGUUCUACCACAGCCCCGCGGACAACAAGCGCUACAUCUUUGCAGACGCUUAUGCCCAGUACCUCUGGAUCACCUUUGACUUCUGCAACACCCUCCAAGGCUUUUCCAUCCCGUUCCGGGCAGCUGAUCUCCUUCUGCAUAGCAAGGCCUCCGACCUCCUCCUGGGCUUUGACAGGUCUCACCCCAACAAGCAGCUGUGGAAGUCUGAUGACUUUGGCCAGACCUGGAUCCUGAUUCAGGAACACGUGAAGUCCUUUUCUUGGGGUAUCGAUCCCUAUGACAAGCCCAACACCAUCUACGUGGAGCGGCACGAACCCUCUGGCUACUCCACGGUUUUCAGAAGUACGGACUUCUUCCAGUCCCUGGAGAACCAGGAGGUGAUCCUUGAGGAAGUGAGAGACUUCCAGCUCCGGGACAAAUACAUGUUUGCUACAAAGGCGGUGCAUCUUCUGGGCGGUCUACAGCCAGCUUCUGUCCAGCUCUGGGUGUCCUUUGACAGGAAGCCCAUGCGAGCAGCCCAGUUUGUUACAAGACAUCCUAUUAAUGAAUAUUACAUCGCAGAUGCCUCCGAGGACCAGGUGUUUGUAUGCGUCAGUCAUAGUAACAACCGCACCAACUUAUACAUCUCAGAGGCAGAGGGGCUGAAAUUCUCCUUGUCCCUGGAGAACGUGCUCUAUUACAGCCCAGGAGGGGCAGGCGGUGACACGUUGGUGAGGUAUUUUGCAAAUGAGCCAUUUGCUGACUUCCACCGCGUGGAGGGGUUACAAGGAGUCUAUAUCGCUACUCUGAUUAACGGUUCGAUGAAUGAGGAGAACAUGCGAUCAGUCAUCACCUUUGACAAAGGGGGUACCUGGGAGUUCCUUCAGGCUCCAGCCUUCACGGGAUAUGGAGAAAAAAUCAACUGUGAGCUCUCCCAGGGCUGUUCCCUCCACCUGGCCCAGCGGCUCAGUCAGCUGCUCAACCUCCAGCUUCGGAGGAUGCCCAUCCUGUCCAAGGAGUCCGCUCCCGGUCUCAUCAUUGCCACUGGUUCAGUGGGAAAGAACUUGGCAAGCAAGACGAACGUGUACAUCUCUAGCAGUGCCGGAGCCCGGUGGCGAGAGGCACUUCCUGGACCUCACUACUAUACCUGGGGAGACCAUGGCGGCAUCAUCAUGGCCAUCGCCCAGGGCAUGGAAACCAAUGAGCUGAAAUACAGUACCAAUGAAGGGGAGACCUGGAAAACGUUCAUCUUCUCUGAGAGGCCAGUCUUUGUCUACGGGCUCCUCACAGAACCUGGCGAGAAGAGCACUGUCUUCACCAUCUUUGGCUCCAACAAAGAGAAUGUCCACAACUGGCUGAUCCUCCAGGUCAAUGCCACAGACGCCUUGGGGGUUCCCUGCACAGAGAAUGACUACAAGCUGUGGUCGCCAUCUGAUGAGCGGGGCAACGAGUGUUUGCUAGGACACAAGACUGUUUUCAAACGGAGGACACCGCACGCAACAUGCUUUAAUGGAGAAGACUUUGACAGGCCGGUGGUGGUGUCCAACUGCUCCUGCACCCGGCAGGACUAUGAAUGUGACUUUGGCUUCAAGAUGAGUGAAGAUUUCUUCUUAGAGGUUUGUGUUCCGGAUCCUGAGUUUUCUGGGAAGUCCUACGCUCCUCCUAUGCCUUGUCCUGUGGGUUCUACUUACAGGAGAACAAGAGGCUAUCGGAAGAUUUCUGGGGACACUUGCAGUGGAGGAGAUGUUGAAACACGACUGGAAGGAGAACUGGUCCCGUGUCCCUUGGCAGAGGAGAAUGAAUUCAUCCUGUACGCCAUGCGGAGGUCCAUCCACCGCUAUGACCUGGCCUCAGGAGCCACCGAGCAGUUGCCUCUCACCGGCUUGCGGGCAGCGGUGGCUCUGGAUUUUGACUAUGAGCACAACUGCUUAUAUUGGUCGGACCUGGCCUUGGACAUCAUCCAGCGCCUCUGUUUGAAUGGGAGUACAGGGCAAGAAGUGAUCAUCAAUUCUGGCCUGGAGACCGUAGAAGCCUUGGCUUUUGAACCCCUCAGCCAGUUACUGUAUUGGGUAGAUUCUGGCUUUAAAAAGAUUGAGGUAGCUAAUCCAGAUGGUGACUUCCGACUCACGAUCGUCAACUCCUCUGUGCUUGAUCGGCCCAGGGCUCUGGUCCUCCUGCCCCAGGAUGGGGUGAUGUUCUGGACCGACUGGGGGGACCUGAAGCCUGGAAUUUAUCGGAGCAACAUGGAUGGUUCUGCCGUCCAUCGUCUCGUGUCAGAGGACGUGAAGUGGCCCAAUGGCAUCUCUGUGGAUGACCAGUGGAUCUACUGGACAGACGCCUACCUGGACUGCAUUGAGCGGAUCACUUUUGAUGGCCAGCGGCGCUCGAUCAUCCUGGACAACCUCCCCCACCCCUACGCCAUUGCUGUCUUUAAGAAUGAAAUCUACUGGGAUGACUGGUCACAGCUCAGCAUCUUCCGAGCUUCCAAAUUCAGCGGGUCCCAGAUGGUGGUUCUCAAGAGCGAGCUCACGGGGCUGAUGGACAUGAAGAUUUUCUACAAGGGCAAGACAACUGGAAGCAAUGCCUGCGUGCCCAGGCCCUGCAGCCUGCUGUGCUUGCCCAAGGCCAACAACAGUAAGAGCUGCCGGUGUCCAGAUGGCGUGGCCAGCAGCAUCCUGCCAUCUGGUGACCUGAUGUGUGAGUGCCCCCGGGGCUACCAGCAGGAGAACCACACCUGCAUCAAAGAAGAGAACACCUGUCUCCGCAACCAGUAUCGCUGCAGCAACGGGAACUGUAUCAACAGCAUCUGGUGGUGUGACUUUGACAAUGACUGUGGUGACAUGAGCGACGAGAGAAACUGCCCUACUACCAUUUGUGAUCUGGACACUCAGUUCCGCUGCCAGGAGUCUGGGACCUGCAUCCCUCUCUCCUACAAAUGUGACCUGGAGGAUGACUGUGGAGACAACAGCGAUGAAAGUCACUGUGAAAUGCACCAGUGUCGGAGUGACGAAUACAGCUGCAGCUCUGGCAUGUGCAUCCGCUCCUCCUGGGUGUGUGAUGGAGACAAUGACUGCAGGGACUGGUCCGAUGAAGCCAACUGUACUGCCAUCUAUCACACCUGCGAGGUCUCCAACUUCCAGUGUCACAACGGGCACUGUAUCCCCCAGCGGUGGGCGUGUGAUGGUGACAUGGAUUGCCAGGAUGGUUCUGACGAGGACCCAGUGAACUGCGAGAAGAAGUGCAAUGGAUUCCGCUGCCCGAAUGGCACCUGCAUCCCAUCCAGCAAGCACUGUGACGGUCUGCGGGAUUGCUCCGAUGGCGCGGAUGAACAGCACUGCGAGCCCCUCUGCACGCGCUUCAUGGACUUUGUGUGCAAGAACCGCCAGCAAUGCCUGUUCCACUCCAUGGUGUGUGACGGGAUCGUCCAGUGCCGUGACGGCUCCGAUGAGGAUGCGACGUUUGCAGGCUGCUCGGAAGACCCCGAGUUCCACAAGGUUUGUGAUGAGUUCAGUUUCCAGUGCCAGAACGGAGUGUGCAUCAGCCUGAUUUGGAAGUGCGACGGCAUGGAUGACUGUGGUGACUACUCCGAUGAAGCCAACUGUGAAAACCCCACAGAAGCCCCGAACUGCUCCCGCUACUUCCAGUUCCGCUGUGAGAAUGGCCACUGCAUCCCCAACAGGUGGAAAUGUGACGGGGAGAACGACUGCGGGGACUGGUCUGAUGAGAAGGACUGCGGAGAUUUACAUAUCCUUCCCUCCCCUACUCCCGGGCCCUCCACGUGUCUGCCCAAUUACUACCGCUGCAGCAGCGGGGCGUGCGUGAUGGACAGCUGGGUGUGCGACGGGUACCGGGAUUGUGCCGACGGCUCGGAUGAAGAAGCCUGCCCCUCGCCCGCAAAUGUCACUACUGCCUCUGUUCCCACUCACCGUGGGCUCUGUGACCGAUUUGAAUUUGAAUGCCGCCAACCAAAGAAAUGUAUCCCCAACUGGAAGCGCUGUGAUGGCCACCAGGAUUGCCAGGAUGGCCAGGACGAGGCCAACUGCCCCACACACAGCACCUUGACCUGCAUGAGCAGGGAGUUCAAGUGUGAGGACGGCGAGGCCUGCAUCGUGCUCUCCGAGCGCUGCGAUGGCUUCCUGGACUGCUCGGACGAGAGUGACGAGAGGGACUGCAGCGAUGAACUAACUGUAUACAAGGUACAGAAUCUUCAGUGGACGGCCGACUUCUCUGGGGAUGUCACUUUGACCUGGAUACGGCCCAAGAAGAUGCCCUCUGCUUCUUGUGUCUAUAACGUCUACUACAGGGUGGUUGGAGAGGGCAUUUGGAAGACCGUGGAGACCCACAGCAAUAAAACAAACAUGAUAUUAAAAGUCUUGAAGCCAGACACCACGUAUCAGGUUAAAGUCCAGGUCCAGUGUCUGAGCAAAGUGCACAACACCAACGACUUCGUGACUCUGAGAACCCCAGAAGGAUUGCCAGACGCCCCUCAGAAUCUCCAGCUGUCACUCCACAGGGAAGAGGAAGGCGUGAUCGUGGCCCACUGGAUCCCUCCCACCCACACCCAUGGCCUCAUUCGAGAGUACAUUGUGGAAUACAGCAGGAGUGGUUCCAAGAUGUGGGCCUCCCAGAGGGCUGUUAGCAACUUUACCGAAAUAAAGAAUUUGUUGGUCAACGCUCCGUAUACGGUCAGAGUGGCUGCGGUGACAAGCCGUGGAGUGGGAAACUGGAGCGACUCUAAAUCCAUUACCACCGUUAAAGGAAAAGUGAUCCCACCCCCAGACAUCCACAUCGACAGCUUUGGCGAGAAUUCCCUAAGCUUUACCCUGAGCAUGGAGAGCGACGUCAAGGUGAAUGGCUACGUGGUGAACCUCUGCUGGGCAUUUGACACCCACAAACAAGAGAAGAAAACUUUGAACUUCCGGGGGAGCAUCUUGUCACACAAAGUUGCCAAUCUGACUGCUCAUACGUCCUAUGAGAUUUCUGCUUGGGCCAAGACUGAUCUGGGGGACAGUCCUCUGGCAUUUGAGCAUGUCACGACCAAGGGAGUCCGCCCUCCCGCUCCUAGCCUCAAAGCCAAGGCCAUCAAUCAGACUGCAGUGGAAUGCACCUGGACGGGCCCCAGGAACGUGGUUUAUGGUAUUUUCUAUGCUACAUCCUUCCUUGACCUGUACCGCAAUCCGAAGAGCUUGACUACUUCCCUCCACAACAAAACGGUCAUUGUCAGUAGGGAUGAGCAGUAUUUGUUUCUGGUCCGGGUGGUGGUGCCCUACCAGGGCCCGUCCUCUGACUACGUUGUGGUGAGGAUGAUCCCAGACAGCAGGCUCCCACCUCGGCACCUCCAUGUGGUUCGUACCGGCAAAACCUCUGCUGUCAUCAAGUGGGAGUCCCCGUAUGAUGCUCCUGACCAGGACCUGUUAUAUGCAAUUGCUGUUAAAGAUCUAAUAAGAAAGAGCGAUAGGAGCUACAAAAUAAAAUCCCGCAACAGUACCGUGGAGUACACCCUGAACAAGUUGGAGCCCGGAGGGAAAUACCACAUCAUCGUCCAGCUGGGGAACAUGAGCAAAGAUUCCAGCAUAAAAAUCACCACAGUUUCGUUAUCCGCACCUGAUGCCUUAAAAAUCAUCACAGAAAAUGACCACGUUCUUUUGUUUUGGAAAAGUCUGGCUCUGAAGGAGAAGCAUUUUAAUGAAAGCAGGGGCUACGAGAUACACAUGUUUGAUAGUGCCAUGAAUAUCUCAGCAUACCUUGGGAAUACUACUGACAACUUCUUUAAAAUUUCCAACCUGAAAUUGGGUCAUAAUUACACUUUCACUGUGCAAGCAAGAUGCCUUUUUGGCAGCCAGAUUUGUGGGGAGCCUGCUGUCCUGCUGUAUGAUGAGCUGGGGUCUGGUGGGGGCACCUCGGCGUUUCAGGCCGCCAGGUCUACUGACGUCGCUGCCGUGGUGGUACCCAUCCUGUUCCUGAUUCUGCUGAGCCUGGGGGUCGGGUUCGCCAUCCUGUACACAAAGCAUCGGAGGCUGCAGAGCAGCUUCACCGCCUUCGCCAACAGCCACUACAGCUCCCGGCUGGGCUCGGCUAUCUUCUCCUCGGGGGAUGACCUGGGAGAGGAUGAUGAAGAUGCUCCUAUGAUAACUGGAUUUUCAGACGACGUCCCCAUGGUGAUAGCCUGAAAGCUUUCCUCACUAGAAACCAAAUGGUGUAAAUAUUUUAUUUGAUAAAGAUAGUUGAUGGUUUAUUUUAAAAGAUGCACUUUGAGUUGCAAUAUGUUAUUUUUAUAUGGGCCAAAAACAAAACAAAAAAAAAAAAAAAGGAAAGAAAGGAAUGAAUACACUUUGUAGUAAUCAACUGUGAACUUCAAACCAGGUUGAUUUUAGUAACCAAAUUGCUUUGAUUUCGUAUUAAUGUAGUCUUACAGGGCUGUGCUUGCUGGGCAUGCUUUUAAGUCUGUGAGAUAAUUUUGGUUCAGUAAAUUGGCCGUUCUUUUUAUUUUUCUAAGACACAGAAAUGUAUUUAAAUAAAAAACUUCAAGAGAGGGUGAUGGGUGAAAUCCCUCCCACCCCCGCUCAUUGAAAGUGUGCUCAAAUUUUAAAUUUUGUUCGGAUUUAGUUUCUAUGAAAGUGUUUGCGUGUAUUCGGGGAGGGGGGGUGGGGAAGGGAAGGUUCUUUUCUGUAAUUUUGUUAAUUUAUUGGGACUCCGUAAGAGGCAAGGCUUUAGUGGUCAUCUGACUCUGCACGUCACGAGGGGUCGCAGGGCUGAGAGGUGGGGACCAGAAGCAGUUUCAUUGCCGUUCGCGGAACAGGCCGUUUUUGUUCGCUUGUGUGUCACUUAAUGGUGUUUGGCAGGAGAGCACAUUGACUCAUUGCUCAGUUUCAGUUAAACAGAGCUGCAGCUCGGGAGGCCCUGCAAGCCACAGCAUCUUCUCUUACGUUACUGGACAGAAUCUCACUGUAUACGCCUCUGCACAAGAUGUAGCCUUCGGCGCUACACGAUGACAGCACUGCUUCGUUAUACACUGGUGUCAUGGUCAUUGCCACGAACGACUCUGCUCGUGGGAGAGUUCCAGAUCUGUGCCAUGAUAGAUACACUGGCAGAUCGAGUACCUACUUUGUCCUUUGCGGAUAUGUGGUUUUUACUUAACCACAGAAGAAUCUCGAAACCUCGAAUGUAAAGUUUUAUAUUUAUGUUGAGGGUGGCCACUUACUGUCUUGAAAGCUCUAUACCUGAUAUAUGCAGUCAUUUUGAAUUGGGUCAGUGCCUUCUCUCUCUCAUUCUCACUCUCUCUCUCUCUCUCUCUUUCCUUCCCCUCCCCUGUACCCCCACCCAGUGCAAAGAGUGCCAUUCACACAUGGAUACAGGAGAUGGAUGGAUUUGAGACCAUUCUGUCCAAUUGACAGUCGCAGCAACACUACAGUUUAUUCUGUCUGUAGAACAAACUGAGCUUUUUAUUUUUUUUAUUUUUUUUUAUUUUUUUUCAAACUGAGCUUUUUAAAAAUUUUUCCUUCUGCCUUUCAGUGCCACCCCGGUAUUCAGAUCAUGGCCACUUGAUAGGUUUGUGGAAUCCACCAUGGAUUGAUGCUCGUAGGCACCAAUGUCCAGUGCUGCCGUGACUCCUACUGUAUGAGCCUCACUGCAGAACUUCUCAGCGGAGAAGCCUUGAGCUCUGGGGAUAUUCCAAAGUCAUAUUUCUGAAUAUGCAUCCUUUAUAUGCAAGCUUUGUAAAGGCCCCAUCUCCUCUGAGGUGCACUGUAUCAUCUUCUCACAAGUAUUUGCUUUCUUUAAACCAAAAGUAUCAUUCUUGUGUGAGAAUAUAGUUUUGUUCUAUCUAGUGAUUGCCUGGAAAACAAAGAGCCAAUUAAAUUCUUUUAGUUUAAAAAAUUUUAAUUUAUAUAUAUAUAUAUAUAUAUAUAUAUAUAUAGAACAAAGAGUAUUUUAAACUGUAGACACGUGGUAUGUCACGUGCUAAGGCCCCAUGUUAUUUUAACAAGUGGUGAUCACGAUGAGCCUCCUCAGUUUUUUUUUUCCCCUUCCUCUAUGACUUUUUUAAAGAAUGGCAUUUCUUUGACUUUAUCCCGUCUUAUCUUGGAGUUUUGUUCAAAACUCCUAAGCGCUGCCCCCCCUCCCCUUUAGUGAAGCUCUUUAAGUAGCUGAAAGAUGAAUAGUCAGGUGGGAGGCAGAGUCAUUUAAUUGAAGCACUAGAAAGUAUAUUUUCUUCUUUUCUUUUUCUGCCGACUUUUUGUUGGCAUUCGUAAAAGCUGAUAUAAAAGGCUCUGAGACUUCAUUUUCCAUUAUUCUGUAGGCAAGCCUUUUUCCAGAGCCUGUGACUCCGGUGGACAACGUGAGAUAUUUCUGAGCAUCCGGUCGUUGUUAGCAGUGCCUCCCAGGGCCAGCCCAUAGUACUGUAUAGACCGGCCAUUCCUCUCCCCCCCCAUGCUCCCCCCAGAAUAUGCCACUGUGCUGUUUGAGAAAAAGCAGCCUUUUAGGGCUAGAGUAUUUUCUAUAAACAGAAGAGCUACGUUUCUGAAGACUAAGCUAGGUAGAUGCAGCUAUGUGUAAAUUGUAUAUUUUUAUGAACUUUUCACGCACGCACUCUUCCUUCUGCAUAGUUUGGUGGGCUUUGGGUGUACACCUGCCAUCUGCAAGAGUCCAGAGGUUGGAGUGGCCGUAGGAAAUGAGAACACAGAGUAUGUGCAGCCUUUGAAGGGACCCGAUAAUUGUCUUCACUGUGACUGAUUGGAGCCCCUGGUGGUUUGUGAAGAAGGGGCUUUUUAUUUUUAUUUUUAUUUUUAUUUUUUUUGUACCUUUGUUGGAGAUGCCACCUCAGAAGUUCACACUGUACCAGGAAAAGAUUUCGUUCUCUCCCGGCCCACGUUAGAGUGUCCGAAGCCCACAUCCACGUGGACUACAUGGGCCACCAACGGACCACUCCAGUUUGGCAGGCAGGGGGAUUGUGUACAGAUUUUCUCUGGAAGCUGAGUUUUGCCCCUUUGUAUCUUGAAUGCCCCUUGAGCCUUGUGAGAUACGGGUCCAGGCGGAUGAAAUGACAGAGAGUAGAAUUCUGCAGAAGAGUCCGGGGAGGAGACCUGUCUCUGCAGAUGACAGGUGAGAAGCUCCACUAAGUACUGGCUGCGCUGACAUACUGGGUACAAGGUUAUAUGAUGCUGGGUAACUGGAUGAAACUUUGGACUUUGGGAAGAGAGGUGGCUGGGAUUCCAUCUCUGCCCAUAUCACUAGGGACAUUUAGGUGGGAGAGGUGUGGGACACAGCUCUGUGUUCUCUCCUGCCCAUCAUCCUGGCCUACUAGAUUUAGGCUGUGCUUCAGCCAUCUAAGGAAUGUAACCCGUCUCAAACAGUGGCCAUUUGGGGGAGACCUGGGGAGAGUGAUGGUGUGGUUAGGCUCUUACAGAUAAUCACCCACUCCCCCUUGGAGAAUCGUGCCGUCAAAUAUUCACCCAGUGGUCACUCCAUCCUGUAAGAUUACAGUCCCAGUACAUCCUUAAGGGCAGAUACCUCAUCUUGUUAGCUUUGGUUGGUCACUCUCCUACUCACGGGGUGAUGGUGAAUCCCCAAGAAGAUUCUUCUCUUCCUCCGGCAGACCUGGGAAACCCCUCAGAGAAGGGGUCUGGAAGAGAAGUCAACUGAAUACCAUCUCCAUAUUGAUUUUCAGAAUUGACUCUAAAACUCUGUGCAGAAUCUUCACUUUGUUGGGAUUGUAUCUUGACAUUCCUAGUAUGUUAUUUUUAUUAAACUGGAGUGUGUGCUGCCUUUCAGGUACAACUUUUGUGUAAUAAGAGCCAGUGCAUUAAGUUUAUAUAGACUACUUUCUAUGCAAGACUGAGAUAUGGAAUAGAUAACAAGAGGUACGGAUAGUUGGGUACGUAGACAAUGAGCAUGUUCUCAGAAUGGAAGCCACCAUCGGAUGUGGGUUGAGGGAGGAUAGGUUGUGUAUAUGUUUCCGCCCACUAAUUUCGAGCAGCCAUAUUAUGAAGUAAAUCCUCAGAGCCAAGUAACCUAAGAAUGGUAUUCGUUUCAUGUUAUAAUGACGCAAAUGGGAUAAGUGUGAGUGCUGAAGUGGAACAUCAUUCUCAGAUAUUCCAUGUCAUUUCUCAUUUAAAGACUCUUGUUAUGAAUUAUUAGAAACUUUAGGCAAAAUUGAAGUAUUGGCAGCAAAAUAAAGGCCUACUCUGUUCUUAUUUAAAGUGAAACACUGUAUUCUUGUUUCCCUCCAAAGUGAAAUUAGGCAUUUAUGAUUUCAAUCGCCUUGAUACGUUUCCAAAUCACCGAUUUAUGCUGAAGAUUUUACUAUAUUGUUGCACAAUUUUACGAUAAUUUUUGCCUCAAUGUCAACUUUUUUCACUGAAUAAAAAUUUAACUGGGUCAAGGAAACACCUCUACGAAAAUCUA